ACAAAAAUUACUUAAAGUUGGUGUAUAAAUCUUUAUUGAAAUAUUUAUAUCCGAAAUACAAAUAUAUAUUAAACAUCAUUUAAAGAUAAUAAAUUAUUCAACAAAAUUUUAUCAUCACCUUAGUAACAAAAAAGUCAAUUUUGUAUUUAGUAACAAAACAGUUUACAAUGUUUGAUAGUGGGAAACGGUUUCAUGUUUUAUAUUAAGAUGUAUUUGAGAAGUUCAACUAAAACACAACUAACCAUAUAAAAUCUGCUUAUAGUGAAAUAAACAAACCCAAUGAUGUCUGAUUCGCAGUUUGAUUUUGCUGGCAAAAAUGACAACUUGUAUGAGAGUUCUCAUAGUGAUGAUGACGAUGAUCCAAAGAAAACUUCAAAUGAACGUGAUAAAUAUAAUUAUGAUAGUGAAUUUUCUGAUGAUGAACCAACACCACGACAUAAAGAUGAUUCCAACCACGUAAGCAAACCUAAUAAACAAAAUAAAAACAAAAACUCGAAAAGAACUAGUGAUGACAAACUUGAUCAUUCAAGUUCAAGCUAUAACAGUCCCUCAGGAAGGAGCAGUUCAAGAUAUUUGAAUAAAGAUUCUUAUGAAAGCUCUUGUGAUGAGUAUGAAGAUACAGAUGAUGAUAAGGACCCUGUACCACCGCCCCCGAAAACAAAUAACACAUCAAAAAAGAAUAAUAGUAAUAAACCUGUAAAAAAAACAAAUAACUUGAAUCAAAUUCAAGCACAAAGAAGAACUGUCUCACAGCCUCCAAGAAAAGGUCAAGGGAGGGGUCGUGGUAAUUCUGGUAGAACUCGCAGUAACGAAGAUCGCGGCGUUGUGGUCAACAGAGUGUUGUCUGCAAAUCGAAACAAAUCGAAGGCACUGCAUAACAUCAUACACGAUCUGCAGCACCAAAUCGAAACUUUAACUAUCGAAAAUCGAGACUUAAAAAGAGCCGCACGACUUCAAGAUCGAGAGAUUCGCAAACUUGAUAACGCUGAAGCUGAGCUGCCAUCGCUUUUAAAGAAACAUAGCAGCGAGAUGUUUAUGAUGCAAGAAAAGUUCAGAAAACAGAAGGAAGUUGGAGACAAAGCUAAGCAAGAUUUAAAAAAGCGAGAAGAUGAAUUGUACAAAACAAAAGAGAAAUUAAGAAAGUAUGAAAAAAUGGCGAAGGAAAAAAAUCUAGCCGAGAGAAAUACACUUAGCAAGAAAUUAGAAGAAAUGGAGACAGCCAUGGAAGAAAAGAACAAGAAAAUAGCGGAACUCACUCGCGCUGUCCAGUUGCAUGAAAAGGUUCGAGCGAGAGAGUUAAAGGAGAAGAAUGAAAAAUACAAGAAAGCUGUUGAUGAAAUGAAAAGACUGGAACAAGAACAAAAAGAUUUGUUACGCCGCUUAAAGGAUAAGGAGAAAGCGUUAGAAAUUACAAACAUUUAUUCGCAGCGGCUUCAACGGCGCGGCAGUAAGGAUAGUGAACAUACUUUGUUUGGUCCCGAUGAUCCUGUCCCUGCAGCCAUCAGAAGACAUCAAGAAGAACAAGGUAGCGUGUACGCCGAAUCUGUAAAAAAGGCUUCCACUGAAAAACGUAACAGGGGGAGUGCUAGCCCACGAACUAAAAUGGUUUCUUUCGAUGCUGAAAAAGAUAGUCCAGUUGCUUCUCCAAGACAAGAAAAUAGUCCAGCCGCUUCUCCGACACAAGAAAAUGAAGUUAAAAAUGCACCAAUGCCGGAAACAAAGGCCGUUGAAACGCUAGUUGGCGAGCUUAAAAAGAAAUACGAGGAAGACGAGAUAGAAGAAAUGCAGGACGAAGACUUUUUUUAUACUAACUCAAAGCGAGACAGUGAAGAUAGACGGUUGGAAGAAAUCGAUCAAAAGUUAGCUGAGAUGAAGAGGCGAGAGGAGUCUGAGAAAGCAGAAGAAGAACGUCGACGACAAGAAGCAGAGAGGGAACUUGAGAGGCGUAUCGCGAAAAUUGAAGAAGAGCGCAAAAGAAAAGAAAGGGAGGAGCAAGCCGCGAGGGAAGAAGAGUUGCGAUUGAGAAGGGAAGAACAAGAACGCAAACUGCUUGAUGAUAUGAGGAAACAAAACGAAAAAGAACAGGAGCACCGUCAGAAAGCCUUGGAAGAACGCGAUGGACAAGACGAAGAUUUUAAAAGGAAGAAACAGGAAAUGUUAGAAAAACGAAAGAAAAAAGAAAUCCUGUUAGCGAGGAUGCAGGCUAUCGAUCGAGGUGAAAAUCCCGACAAUAUCACAGAGGAGAAUGGGUAUAGUUACGAAGAACCGAACGAAUAUAAGAAGCCGAAAAAGAAGCCAAUUUUUCUUGAAAGUACCACACAAGAAAGAUACAAAACCGAAGGCGACUUUUUGUCACACGAGCCGUUUGAUUUUAGCGGAGAUACCAAACAAGCGCCUCCUGCUGUGAGACGUAAAAGUACAGAUGAUGAUAUAUUCAAUACUAAAUCUAACCGCCAAAAUUCCUGGGAAUUUAAACGAACUGACCAAAAUCUUCAUCGAGGGCUACCUGCGCAUUCUGACGAAAAUUCGCCCGUUAUAAAACGACGUAAUACAAAAGAUAGCGACGAAUUAACGUUAGGGUCGCCAUCCGGUAGAAAUCGUCGUCACGCACGGAAUAGCGUUAAAAAAGUUUCGACGAACGAUUCGAUAUUUGCGGACGACAAAAAAACUCGUCGUCGGGAUUUGUAUAAUGAUGAAGGGUUAAAUGCGACGUAUUCACCGACUGGAGUUGAUAGUCCACGUCUUAGAAAUCAUAAAAUCAACAAUAAUUCGCCGUUUGAUUUAUUUGACGAUCCCUUUAAAGAGGACUCGAAACAAAAUAAAAAUCAUAAUAAAAAUAAAAACAACAUUGUUUUCAGUUCUGAUGAAGAUGAAAAUGAUAAUGUGUCGGCUUAUCAACCGACAUUUAACCGGAAAAACUCUAACAAUCGUACGAAACACGUCCAUCAAAGUAGAAGGUCGCCGUUAAAGACGCCUGACCAUUUUGGAGACGACGACUUGGAAGAAAUGAUACUCGCUUAAUAUACUAUACAUAUGCAUCUAUAUAAUGUCUGUUUUGUUCAUGUGCAUCUUAAUAUGCAAUGUUUCGAAUUAAUACCUCUUCAAGUUUAGUAAAAUUUAAAAAUUUUAUUUUAAAGCGUGUCUAUGCUAAAAUCUUCUAUAAAUAGUUUCUUCUUAGGAUCAACCUUAUUCCCAGGGCACAUUAUAAUUUU